UAUUGCGAUAAUCGCAAUUAUACAUAUACAGUUUACGUCGACAAAAUUUGCGGCUUAAAUGCCGGUCGAAAUUCUACAAAUCGUCCUGGAAGGAUCUAAAAAUCGCCGAAAUUCAAGGAUCAAUUCUUACCUUGCCGAUAAGAUGCCACGCGCAUUCGUUUACAUUUGCAUAGUAGUCGUAUCAAUGUUGACAUGUACUGCGCAAACGCAACUGGAUGAUGCGAUAGCAAAUGACCAGUCAAUUGGCAAUGAGGCGGGAAAUGGCGAUUCGCAUGAAAGUACAGUCUACGAGGAAUUAUUCAGAAGAACAUUCAGUCUACAAAGAAAUGAACAUGCAGCUGCUAUAAAACGUCUCGAAAGGAUAGAUAGCUACGAACGUCUUUACAAAAUGAUAAUGGUGCUUGGUGAGAAAAUGAUCGACGUGAUAGAGUCGAGUAAAUUGUUGAUAGAAGACGGCGACUUCGAUCCGGACGAUAGAUCAUUACCACGGAACGUCACGGUGCAAAGCGCGCUGACCAUCGUGUUAGAAAAUACAGCUUUAUUUGGAGAUAUCGUUCUCCAUUUUCCGGAUGUAACUCACCGGAUAUUGAAAACGCAACCAAAAUGGAAGAUGGUUCUGAAUUGGUCUUUAAAAUUCACAAAUUGUAGUCGACAUUUAUUAGACGAGAAAACGAUAGAGCUAAUUCAUUUAGUGACUCAGGAACUCAAUAUAACAAAACGUGAAGCGGGAUACUUUAAUCCUUAUCGCCGAUCAGUCGAAUCUCGAAUGGAGAACAAAGGAACAACGAAGACAAAGAAGGAGAAACGGAAGAGAGGACCCCAAAUGGCCAACAUUGAAUUAUGAAUGGCAUAUAAUUUUUUUAGGAAUACCUUUAUUUUUUAUUCAUUGUUAAUAAAAGCAUCCAACACAAUUCAUUUUUCAUGUAAUAAGUAGAGUUCCGUUCAUUUACAAUUACACGGGAUUCUUCAAGCUU